CAUCCUCCUUCCCCAUCAGACACAAGAACACGAGCAGGAAAACACACACAAUUUUGCUAUCUUCUUUCUUCCAUGGCGGUAGCCACAGAGACUCCGUUCCAUGUCCUUGCUGUGGAUGACAGCCUCCCAGAUAGGAAACUCAUUGAGAGGCUUCUCAAGACAUCUUCUUUCCAAGUAACCACUGUUGAUUCCGGGAGCAAGGCUCUGCAGUUCUUGGGGCUCCAUGAUGAGGACAGCCCAGUUUCUGUUCAUGCGGACCAGCUGGAUGUUGCGGUGAACCUGAUCAUCACAGACUAUUGCAUGCCUGGCAUGACAGGAUAUGAUCUGCUCAAGAAGAUCAAGGAAUCAUCGUUUCUCAGAGAUAUCCCAGUUGUGAUCAUGUCGUCUGAGAACAUUCCUUCAAGGAUCAACAGAUGCCUGGAGGAAGGAGCGGAUGAGUUUUUCCUGAAACCAGUGCGGCUAUCAGACAUGAGCAAGCUGAAGCCCCACAUACUGAAAAGCAGAUGCAAGGAGCACAAUCACCAGGAACAACACCAACAAAGCGACAGCAAUAGCAGCGAAAGCAGUAACCCCACAAACAACAGCAGCGGUGAUAGCAGCAAUAGCCGCAAGAGAAAGGCAGCAGACGACGAAAUUUUGCCCCAGACAAUCAGACUAAGGCACAGUUAGCUGCAAACUGAUUAUAGGGCA